AUGCUGGAGACCAUAGCGGUGGCGGGCAUCUGGACCAGGGAGCGUCGCAGGGCGGCCAACCUCAGACAAGAAGGCGGCGACACCUGCGCGAGAUGCGGCGAGGCGAUAGAGACAGAGGAACACCGCUACUACGCCUGCCCUGCCAACGCAGAGAUAGGGCACAGCAAUGACACCGACCUGGCGGAUAAGGCGAAGGACGCGCUGGACCAGCGGCAGGUCGACCCAGACGAGGACGCGGCGAAGGCGGCGCAGAUCUUCUGCACCAGCGAAGAGGCUCAGGCGGCAGCCCAGUCAGGGCACAAGGUUCGAGCAGACUAUGUCUUCACGGACGGCUCAGGCGGUGCAGGGGCAACGGCCAAGGACCCCCGCCUCAGACGCUGCGGCUGGGCAGUGGUGGCCUUCAGGUUCGACGAGCACGGACGCCCGCAAGGAGUGGCCGCCUGGUACGGCACGAUCAGGGCGCCGCACACGGUGCCACGGGCAGAGCUCACCGCUAUGAGCAAAGCCAUCGGGUACACCACGGCGGCGACAGUCAGGGGGCUCAACAUAGUCAGCGAUUGCAAGUACGCCCUGGACGCACUCAAGCAGAUCCAGGAUCCCGAGGACCUGGACUACAGGAGCACGAACUACGACCUCUGGCUCCAGACGAAGCAGCAGCUGCAGAACAGCACGGACACCAUCAUGGGCCACCACAUCGCAAGCCACCUGAUCGAGCACCCGGCCGAGCUGGAGAGGUGGAAUGGUCCCACCUGGUGGGUCAUAGGAAACGAGAUGGCAGACAAGUACGCAGGCUGGGGAGCGGAGCAUGGAGCACUGGAGCCAGCCAUCAUCGCGCAGCAGCAGAUCAGGGACCAGCUCACCACGGCGGUGCAAAACCGGCUGCUGGCCAUCAACAUGGCGGUGACGGUGGAGGACCUCAACAAGGCCCCUCAGCGUCCCAAGGCCAAGCGCCGAAAUCCGCAGACGGCGAGGGACAGGGCAGCCCAGCUGGGACACGACCUGCGCAAGCUACAUCCGCGAUGGUGGUGUGCAACGUGUCGCAGUGGCCCAGCCAAAGGACAAAGCAUCAGAGACUGGCUGGCAGAGACGGGAGAAUGCCUCGGGCAGUACGGCGGCCACCAGGACCAGCACGGCAACGUCAGGCUCGACUUCAAGGCGGUGCAGAUCGGCACGCAGGUGGUGCACUUCUCCCACAAGACGCAGAUCUCCCAUGGCUGGCUCUGGUGCGAGAAAUGUGGCGGCACCAGCUACCUCGGGGACCACAAGAGCAGGAUCGCCAUGUCAGCCCCCAACAGCAGCAGGGCGUCGGGUCUUGGCGGACAUGCAGAGGGCAAGCUGCCAAGAGGAGCUAAGCCAACAACAGACCCAGCUGAUGAGGGUCUCAACGAGAUCACCAUGCCUGGUGAUUUCAAGCUCGGCCUGAGUAACUACGAGGCGAUCGACCUGGACGGGGACAACUCAGAGGCAGGGGACCCGCAGCCAGCUCCACAGCAGCCACCCAGCCAUCCGCACUCUGUCGUCCAAGCCAGCUGGAGGCUCGUGGACCACAUGGAGGGCUACGCGGAGCAGUGGAUGAACAUGUUCGACCAAGAGGUCUGGGACGACAUGGACGACUGGAUGGAGCACUGCGAGCUUCAGCAGAUCAAGGACUUCUGCGAAGACGUCUGGCGCAACACGCACCGCACGCGACGGAGGCUCAUGACCAGGAUGCUUACCCUCCCGCAUGGUACAAGGCAGCAGGCAGCAAGAGUGCACAUGGACGCCUUCCAGAACAGAAGGAACAACAUCCUGGCGCACAGCAUCCCCAGCAGCGAGCGCAGGCCGCUGCCGAGAACAGCGGAGGCCAGCCGAGAGUGGUCACCUGAGAACUUGGACGAUGAUGACUCGAUCCCAGACAGUGAAGCCCCAGAGCUGGAGGGCGAGCCGAGCGACCAGGAGAUGGAGACCAUGGCAGGACCCGAUCAGAGUCGCGACGCCAACAGCCUGAUGCAGACGGCCGUGCAGGUGGCAUUUACGCUGACCAAGCCAGUGGGGCCCGACCUGAUGAAGUUCGUGAGCGAAGCCGAUGAGGCCGGCCUGCUCCACCCAAGGCUUCGACAGAACAACGGAGAUGCUGACCAGGACCCCGAGCAGGAGGUGGCGUGGCUCGAGAGGAACAGGCUUGAGCAGCUCAUGCAGUCGCUGGCAGGCUGCUGGAUCCAGAAAGAGGGCGAGCAGGGCUGGCCAUCGUAG